CUCCCGGGAGGCAGGACUCAACAGGACGUACACUUGGGUGGCCCUUAACCUCCACUCCAACAAAGUAACACGAGCGGUUGUUGAUAUGGUAAAUCUUAAUAAUAAUAUCAAGUCCUUCCAGAUGGGGGAGUUCACCCUUCACAACGUGCGCUUCUAUGACUUCGAGCCUCAAGCCAUACAGUGUAUGGCUUACGAAGAGAGCACCAGCAGGCUGGCGCUUUCAAGGGCUGAUGCGAGUGUUGAAAUAUGGAAUUGUGAGAGGCGACCCUUUGUGCAGUUAGUUCUACCUGGUGGUGAUGACAGUUCAGUUGAAGCAUUGGUGUGGUGUAAUGGACGAUUGUUUAGUGCUGGAUUUCAUGGCUUCAUUUUGGAAUAUGACUUGGCCAAUGGGGGCAUCAAGUCACGCACAGCAGUCACUGGUGGUCCUACUUGGUGUCUUGCACUCUCUUCUGACAAGAAGAAUCUAGCAGCAGGAACAGAGGAAGGCUAUGUGUGCAUAUUUAACAUUAUGGAUGAGGGCAUAAUGUAUGACACAACCCUGGAAAAACAAGAAGGACGGAUUUUGAACAUCUGCUGGCAUAUCAGUGGAAACUACAUAGUGACAGGGUCUGUCAACUAUGUCCGCUUAUGGUUUCUGAAGGAAGGCCGGACCACCCCGCCUCGGUGGGAUACGGCUGGUGUGUUGAAAGAAAGAAGAAACAUGCAAGAUUUCAGAGGAAAAACAUGUUUUUGGAAUGCAGAAUUGGGCACAAUUACAGACACAGUGCAGACUCAUCAAGCAGGUGUUCUCUGUCUAGCAGUGUGUUCUGAUCAGAAGUCAGUUUAUGUAGCUGGUGUAGAUCCAGUCAUUGUGCAGGUAACCCAUAUUGAAACUGGGGCAAAAAAGGGUAGAAAGGAGUGCUGGGUAAAGUCAAUUCAGCGCUCAAUACACACACAUGAUGUGCGUGCAUUGGCUCUCAACAGUGACGACAAAAUUUACUCUGGCGGUGUGGAUACGAUCCUUGCCUUGAGUUACUAUCCUCCGAAGACUGUAAUUAAAUUCCCAGCACUUCCUCAUCCUGGAUCUAUAUCAGUUGCUGGAGAGGCAGAAUCUCUUCUUCUUCGCUACAGAGAUCACCUGGAGCUAUGGCGGCUAGGGAAAUCUUGCCAGGAUAGUCGAUCAGCUGGUCAAUUCUUGCCUCUCUCUCAUGACCGCGUUAAACUCUUGGAAGUUCAGGCACGUGAAGAUGAGGUGAUAGACUGGUGUGCUGUGUCCCCUCAGGCUCUCUGGAUUGCCUAUAUUGUAAAAGGAAACCUCAGAAUCUUUCAAUUUUACCCACCAAUGCCUGGCAGUCAAGCAAGUGUUCGACGAGUGAGAGUGAUGAGUAAGGAUAUUGAAAAUAGCUGGCAAGUUCUGUGGCUUGGUGAAGCACGGCUAGCUUCUGCUGCCACUAAUGGAGUUAUUCAGGUCAUCACUGUAUCAGAGAUGGAGGCUUCUUUGGAGAAAGAACUUCACCUCAAACCAGAUUGCACUGUUAUCCAGAUGAACUCCAAUCCAGACGGAAGCGUUUUGGUUGUUGUAGAUAAUCAGCACACUGUAACUGCAUUUGACCUUGGAAAAAACAACAGCAGUGUCCUACCAUGUUACAGCUCCCCAGUGACAGCCAUUGGGGUUCACCCUUCCACUAGAGAUAUUGUGGUGGUGUAUGCAGAUAUGAUGAUAAAAGAGUAUAGUCUUGCCACCCAGAAAUACACUGAUUUCUGUCGAAAAUUUCUGCACACCCAUUGCUCAGACUUGACAAAGAAAAACUCUGUGAUUCACAAUGUGAGCUUUGAUGCUUGCCAUACCAAUCUGAUUUUUCUCCAUGAUGAUUCAUCUAUAAUAGUUAUUGAUAAAACUAAAGCAAUAAUGAACGAGGAAGUCAGUAAACCAGGAAAAAUAAGGCGUAAUAACCCUGUUCUUAACCAGAGUUUUAGUAACUUGUCUAACAGUGUUGGAAAUUCAAGAACUACAGCGGCCUUAUCUUUCGUGCAAAGAUCAAAUCAGAUUGUAUAUUUUACGCAUGUCAAAAAAGAAUCUUUAGUGAGUGUAGAAUUAAACCCUCUUCAGCUCAUUGAUAAACUGCCACCUGCACUUUUAAAGGUUAAAAAGUUUGGUGGUGUAUAAUCAUAAUAUUUAAGACAAAA